GACACUUAAGAAAACAUGAUAAACAACGCAUACCUCACUAAAAUGGCUAGUAGACACCGUGAACAUUUGUCGGGAUAUCUUGGUGCUCAUAAAGCUGGUAAACCAAACAACAGCUCCUUGUCAAAAUCAAAGGCAACUACUAGCACAGAACAAGGAACUGUUCAAAGUCAAAGUAAAGAUGUACCUGUUCUGUUCACAUCUAGUGCAAGAUCUCGUGCAACUUAUCUGUCUGCAAAAACAAGACCGGUUGUCAAAAUUACUGGAAAAGCAACAAUAAAUCAUUUACCAGAUGAGCUGUUGCUGAAGAUAUUUAGCUAUCUGGAUGCAGGGCAUCUUCUGUUGGCAGCUAGAGUUUGUAAGAGGUGGCUUCCUGUUGCUAAAGACAACUUGUUAUGGGAGAGGAUUGUUGCCAGGUAUUGUGGGCCAUCAACAUCAGCUUCUAAUCAGACAUUACAGUCUGGCCAGAACACUUCUGCUGUGAGCAGUAAAAAUCUUUUUAUCAAAAGUGUUUCAAGCAGUAGGAAUAAGAAGGCAUUGAGGUUUUUGAAGAAGAUCAAUCCAUUUACAGGACUAUCUAGAGAUACAGACAAAGCUUUGAAAUCAGCCGGUGUGUAUUUUCAGCUAACUUUAAUUGACCAGUAUCAGAAUGAACAUGUUUUAAAUAGCAAGGAUGUUUUCUACCACCAGAUGGCAGCAACAACCAGGUGGUAUGACCUCGAGGUGCCCAAGAUUAAACAUAUCAAAAAAAUUCAAGUACAUUCCAUAAAUCCUUUGUUCUUUAAUAACAAAGGGACUGCUAUAUAUAACAGUCCCUAUCAGAGAUCAUUAUUGCUGAGUCAUGAUUUAGACUGGAACAAAGUGUUAAAGAGAAUAACCGACUUCGAUAAUCUCCAUCUUUUAUUUCUACCAAAUGGGUUUGUAUUGUGUCUGGAAAGGUGUAAAAUGUUGUUGAAUUGGCUGUGUUUGUUUCAGGGUGACGGUGAACUAGCAUUUGUUUCUAUGGGUCUACACUGUAACCAACUGGUUCAGAGAUGUCUGCUUGGAUCAUCUGAUAUUCCAUAUGAUAUUGGCACACACAAAGUUAUACCUGAUGACAUAGAUUCUUCCUAUGGUUUGCAUGAUUACCAGUGUACUGUAGAGAUCAGAACUUCGAGAAACUCAAUAUGGAGUCAACAAUUUAACUGUCUAUCUUGUAAGAAGGAGAACAUAGGAUCUGGGUUUGCAGUGUUUCCAUUAAUACGUAAAGAUUACCACUGUGAUCAUGUGAUACUACAGAAAAAAUUACAGUUUCCAUGGAAAACAGAUGCUUUUAGAGGCAUUGUAGAGAAUGUAGCUUGGAUUGAUGUUACAGUACUUGAUGAACGAGGUGAACCAUUUUGGUGUAUAAGUUCUUUGUCAAGAGUGGGUGAGCAGUGCUUACAAAAAAAUUUUGAUUUUGACUAUUCAAGUGAAGAUGUCUACACAUUGUCAUUUAUGGAUGAAAGAGGAAAGUUAGAAGCUCAGAUGAGCAAGACUGAUGACGACAACUUUUUCAUGACAAUCUUAAACUUGAAACUCAGUUUAGAUAGAAUAAAUGCUUGGUUUGGCACAACAUAUAAAUGAGCAGCUUACAGGAAGCUUGGUCUCACAGUGGCCACCAAUUUGAAAUGAGGAGUCUACAUACAUAAAAUGUGUGCUCUUUCAAAAAAUACAAUAGAUAUAUGAUUAUAUAUAUGUUUGGAUAUAUGAUGCAGAUACAGUCAAACCUGUUUUAAAAACCACCUCCAUAUAAAGAGCACCUUUUGAAUAAAGAUUAUUCUUCAACAAAACUUUGAUUGAUUUAAAAAACAAAGUUACCUCCAAAUAAAGAAAACUUGUCUAUAAAGGCCAUGUUCAGUAUCUCAUGUGGAUGGCCUCUGUUCACAGGUUUGACUGUAUCUGUGUUUCAGAUGCAGGAUUUUUCAGUAUCCAGGAUCUCUGUACAUGUUUAUAGAAAGGAGUUUGAUAACAGACAUAUAAUACGUUGCCUAGUAUGACAUUUUAGAUACAAUAUAGUUUUAAUAUUAUUGUGAUAUUUAAUUAUAUAAUAGUACUGUGAUAUGGGAGAAAUAAAAUUAUAUAUAUAAGAAACAAUUGUGUGUAUGAUAUAGCCUUGAUAUAUGAUGUUUAAAUUUAAUACAUGUAUAUGAGAUAUAAAAUUGAUAUUUAUUCAAAUAGAAGCAAUAAAUAUGUUGUCAAUUUCCCAUGUAAGAAACUGAUGUGUUUAGUAACAGAUGGCAUAAAAUAUGAAUAAAAUCAUAAAGUUUCAAACAUUUUAUUUGUCAUUUGAUAUGUAAAAGUAAUUCUGAAAAUCAAUAUUUGUUUAUGAUUUAUUGUACAUGUAUUAUAUUUGAUUUGAAUAUAAAUAUCAUGCUGUCAUCUGAUCUUGCCUAUUAUAUCAUCUGAUAAACUGUAUACAUGUAUUUAUUACAAUAUACUCUUAACUGU